CGCUAAGCCAGCAGUACAAAAUCCAUGCCACUUAUUUAUGUUUCGGCCAAAACAUUGAAGACUACACUACACAAUGACGGCGGAUGUGUUUCAUUUAACAUUUAGAUCUACACAAUCUGUGAUGAGAGAUGAAGAAAAUAAUGUUUCAUAAAUUCACUAACUUCAUACAGCAAGCAGUUGAGACGUUUGCACCAAAUGUUACCCCUCAAGAGGAAUUCAUAUAUCAUUGGAAGUCAGUGACUAGUUAUUUCAUUGACAAUAAAGAUGGUGGAGCUAGAAUUGAAGAGACAGCAUUGCCUGAACAUCUCACUUCAAUGCUUCGGAUUCUACAAGAAGAAGAAUCCAAUCUGGGUGAAGCUGGUACAACUGGGAUGUGUAUGGAGUACUUGCUACAACACAGACUCCUAGAGACCUUGUACACCUUGGGCCGCACAGAUCAUCCUCCUGGUAUGAAACAGUGUGUGUUAAGUUUUUUCACCAAACUUCUUUCAAGGGUCAGUCAUCCUCUCCUUCCACAUAUCAAUGUACACAGAGCUGUUCAGAGGCUAGUAAAAACAUGUGGUGAGACUAAAGCUGGCCCUACAGAAAAGGAAGAAAUUGAAUUUUUAUGUACAGUUUGUGCCAAAAUCAAGACUGAUCCAUAUCUUGUUAAUUUCUUCAUUGAGAAUCCUAAAACCAGUGACAGAUUGUCUGGAAGCAACAUCCAAAAAAAACAUCAAACUUUUAGUUUGGUGGAUGCGUUACUUUCAUUGGCUUUUAGUGAGGACGCCAGAGUCUCAGUGAAGGCAUGUGAAGGAUUGAUGCUCUGUGCCAGCCUGCCUGAGCAGUCAGCUGCUUCAGCCCUGAUCACACAGACACAGUUUACUCAGUUGUUUGCCAACACUUUAUCUCAGCUGUAUACUAAAUUACCACUAGCUAUCUGUCCAGAUGAUAUAGAGAUGGUUGAUGCUAAAUGGGGUUUUGAUGAUGUCAAUGAGAGACACAGCCAACAAGGAUUUACGGGGAAGCGACAAGUCAUUUCUUUCCUAUCCUGGCUUGAUUACUGUGACCAGCUGAUAUCUUUAGCCAAUCCAGACGUAGGCGAGGCUCUUUCCCUAGAAAUCCACAGCCAGUUUCUCACUGGUCAAAUGUUACCACAUUUAAUGCAGACGUCUGAGUCAGGUGUUCUAGUGGCCACUACCUACCUCACCAGGUGUCUACGUACAGUCUGUUCACCAGCACUACUGAGAGAGUUUUGCUUCUUCCUGCUUGGCCAAGAGAGAAAUAUUGAGGAAAAAGAUUGCCCUGGCCAUUUACUCACCAAAAGAUUACUGGAGCGGUGCAACCAUUUGUCUGAAGAGGUGUGUUUGGCAACAUUGAAGCUGUUUGACACACUUUUGCAAAAGGAAGAUGAGCACAUUUUCCACAGUCUUUUGAUUAGAAAUGUAUUGGGAAGAAAUUACCUCCUGAGUAAAGCUCAUAUAGGAAAGAAAUCUUCACCAGAAGAAGCUACAGCACCUAGAGCUGAUGUGGAGACUUGUAAUACUGGCUCAGUAGAGGCUUCAGCUCAAAUAGUUCCACACGAAACAUCCAACAGUUUAGAGGAUCCUCUUGCAGCCCAAACCAAUGUUGCUGGCAUAUCAAGUGAUGUCCAGCAAACCAGUAUAGCUGACCAAGAGGGGUCUUGCCUCGAUCAGUCCCAUACAGCGGGUACAUCAGUUCCUCAUUCCUCCACUUCAUCCUCAGACCCCAGCUACGAGUCCCCAGUGUUUGGGCCAUCAGAGAUCCACAAAGUUGUCAACUGUUACCUAAGCCUGCUGCCUGAGGAAGCCAAGUCAUCCCAACACACUGCUGAUAGUGGCUAUGACAUGUACCUCAGAGAUGCUAACAAACAGUUUGCCAUAGCUGAGGCAGUGUGUAAGGGAUGGGUUUGGCCAAAGAAACCUGUGGCCAUCCCAGAGUACAAGAGAGACACAUUUUUUGAGGGCUCCUUCCUGCAUAUUCUGCUUGACAAACUCUUGCACCUAUUGGAUCAGAGCUAUUCAGUGAAUCUCUUGUUGACGGCCCUGAUAUCCAAAGUUGCUUUGAUCCCACAUCCAAAUUUACACGAGUUUCUUCUGGAUCCUUUCCUGCCUGUCCCUGAUGGAACCCGCACACUCUACACCGUGUUAACCAAGGUGACCAAUGAAAUAAAGCACCACUUAAAAUCUGACCCAUCUUUCACUCAAAAACUUUUGUUGGCCAGAAAGCAGCUACUGGGAAACUUUACAACACUACACAGUUUAAGGGUGUCACAUUUGAAAUCUGAGAUACAUUGGUUUGAAGACCAAAGCAGAAUGGAAGCCAUAAUUGUUCUAGAAGAAUUUUGUAAGGAGCUGUCUGCUAUAAUUUUUGUCAAGCAUCAUGCAGCAGUGACCAGGUGCUAAAUCUGCCCCACUUUGCUCAGAGAAAAAACUUUUCAAAUUGAGAUCUGUCAAUGAGUUAUAUAAGAACCACUACUCUAGCAUUCAGUGCUAGUUUUGAGAACUGUCCAGUUGAUUGUCAUUGAAGCUGUCAGACAUGCACACUGCCUUCACUGUGGCAGUGGUCAAACAUAGCUGACCUUACUUGAACAGUUUCAGGUGAAUGGAGAUGACUAGAACAAAGUUUUCUGGUGUAGAUGUUUGAUUUGAAACUUGAUCAAAGAUCAUGUAAACCAGUGGACUGCAUGUCUUUGAAUAUCUUUUUGUUUUUGGUAGUGGGGUAAGUUUGUUUUUGUGAUAGAUAUAUCACAUGGGUAAUUUAUCUGUUCAACUUCUGGUUGGUGAUCUUGUGAAAGAAAAUCUUGAGUCAUGAUAGUGUUCUUGUGUAAUUGUAAUUUCUAAGAUAUCCUGGCCCAGCAAUGUGGAGAUGAAACUUAUAUCUGGUUAGCCUGUUAUUACCCAAUGUCUGUCACAUGCCUGUGCUGUCAUUGGUGGGUUCUUACUAAAACACUUCCAACCUGUUUUUUUUUUUUUGGUAGACAAAUUUAUUUUUGGCUAAGCUUUGCUUUUUACUUAGAUAAUUUUGUUGUGGUAUAUGAAGUCAGUUAAAAUAAUGUACAAUUCUAUCUGUAAUCAUUGUUUAUUUAAAUGUCUUCCAAAUGUUUCAUAACUAAGCCAAUAUGGUUACAGUAUUAUUUAUUAACUUUUUGUUUUAAAUGCUGUCUCUUAUUAUACAAUUAUACACUUUACAUGGCAAUUGUCUUCCCUUGUUUUAGCCCUGUGUUCAGCCCUGUGUCUCUAGUCAGAAAUUCACAAGAAAAUUCUUGUCAUUUUACAUUUCAUUGUGUUGGGUAUACAGUAGCUGCUGAUCUUGUGACUAAUGAAUCAAAUAAUAGAAAACAAAACCUGUUGUUAACAGUUGAAAUAAUGUGAUUUUAUUUCUGAUUGCUAAAGGAUUUGUGUGAAUUUUGGGACUGUCCUGAGCAGUAUGCCAUCAUUAUUUUAACAUUGUUUUAUCAACUCCACUAAUUUUUUGAAAUGAUAUUGAACAUUCAGGUUCCAGUGAAUAGUUUAAAGCUGCAGAAUUAUUUGACUGUGACUUGCAUAUAACUUCAUCUUUAAAUAUUUGUUAUUAUUUUCUUUAUUUAUGUGUACAAAAAUUUUAAAUAUCUUUUUAAUGGAAUGAAUAAUUCAUUUUCAUGUAUCAUAGUUUGAAUAAUUUCAGCUAAAGUCUUGAAGAAGCCGCUUAGAUUUUUAAUGUAUUAGUGUGUUAUCUUUGAUGAAAAAUGUAGACAAAAAUAUGCAUUAUAGAGAUGCAUAUUUUGGUUGUAAUUUAUCUUAAUAAUUUUACCCACUGUAAGUUCAUUUUUAAUUGUUCAAGCAAAUUAGACUUGUUAACCCAGUAACAAAUGUAACUAGAGAGUUUGCGCUACCAGCUCUGAACCAGUUCAUGACCCAAUUUUUGAGCCUGGUCUUGUGAUUGGUUACACCAGAGCAGCAGCAGAUCUCUACAGCUCUGUGUGAGGCUAUCAUGUCCAGCAGAUCUCUACAGCUGUGUGUGAGACUGUCAUGUCCAGCAGAUCUCUACAGCUGUGUGUGAGACUGUCAUGU